AUGAGAGGGAAGACGUGUUUGUUGAGGUACCUGUCGGACAACGCGCUGCGGGGCGACAGCGUGCCGCAGCUGUCGCGGCUGUCCUCGCUGCUGUGGCUCUUCCUGGACGGCAACCGCCUGCACCACGUUCGCCUGCAAUACUUGGCCGGCCUGCGCAGCCUCGUCUGGUUGAACCUGAGAAGAAAUGCCAUCCGAUCAAUAGAUGUUAAUGCGUUUAGGAACCAGAAACAUCUGGAACACUUAGAUAUAUCAGAGAACCAGCUCACGACGCUACAGAACAGAGUGUUCUUACCACUCGCGACCCUCAGCAGAUUGUCCCUUGGAAAUAAUCCAGUUGCCUUCAUACCAGGAGAUUUAUUCCAAAACUUGACAAAUCUUCAGUCAUUAGACCUUCGGGCCAUCAACAUAGAGAACAUAGACACCACGAUGUUCACGUUACUGAAGAAAUUAGAUUUUGUGUAUUUCAAGACGUUCAAUUACUGUAAAUAUGCUCCGACUGUCCCAAAAUGCAAGCCGAGUACAGACGGCGUGUCGUCGGCGGAGCACCUGCUGUCGCGGCCGGAGCUGCGCGCCUCUCUGUGGGCGACGGCGGGCUGCACGGCGGUGGGCAACGCGCUGGUGCUGCUGGGCCGCGGGCAUGCCGCCAGCGCCGCCGACAACCGCGUCGUCAGCCUCGUCGUCCGCAACCUCGCAGCUUCUGACAUGCUGAUGUCGGUGUACCUGGCGGUGAUUGGGUGGCAGGACGUGCAGCUGCGGGGCGUCUACCACCGCGCUGCGCACUCCUGGACCACCUCCUGGCUCUGCACUCUCUCCGGCAUGCUCGCCAUGACGUCCUCAGAGGUUUCAGUGCUGAUAAUGGUGUUCAUGUCGCUGGAGCGGUUCAUUCUGAUCGCGCUGCCGCUGUCUCACAGCACCAGCUUAGCCGUGAGGAGCGCCGCUGCCACGCUGGCCCUCAUCUGGAUCGCAGGGAUCAGUUUGGCUAUCAUUCCAGCAAUACACUAUCGCGGAUCGACAAGAUACUAUGGCAUAAACAGCAUGUGCUUUCCUCUGCAUAUUGACGACCCUUUCUUCCUUGGCUGGCAGUAUUCUGCAUUUAUAUUAUUUGGGAUCAACAUGACAGGGUUGUUGGUGAUGGCAGCGCUUUACACAGGCAUGUUCAUAAGCAUCGUACGAACGCGCCAUGCAACGCCCGUCUCGAUGCAGGGUGAGCUGGAGUUUGCAGCUCGCUUCUUCUUCAUUGUGGUCACUGACGCCGCCUGCUGGGCGCCACUCAUCACUUUCCGAGCCCUCGCCAUGUUCAGCUUCCACAUUCCCAGUGAGGUGUACGCGUGGCUGGUGGUGUUGGUGCUGCCGGUGAACUCUGCGGUGAACCCGGCGCUGUACACGUUCACGACGCCGCGCUACUGGGCGCGCCUGUGCGGGCUGCUGUGUGACCGUCGCAGCCGCCGCCGCAGCCGCGAGCCCCAGGGACUCAGUCGCCAGCAGUACGCUCAGUGCUCGCAUCUCACGUCGCUGCCGCUCGUCAAAGUCAUGCACGAGGCGAAAUGCUGAAGUCCUUAGCAGGGAGCUUGAAGCAUUUCUCAUCAUACUCACUUCGUUACAUCACUGUAGCGCAGAUUAUUCAUAUCGAGAACACACC